CAGAUUCUCAACUGCGGCUACACUGGUGUUGCCAGAGCUAGCAAGCCUGUUCUGGACAUGUUCGAGCAAGACCCCAACGCAAAGACAUUCCCGUUUGGUAUCUCCUCCACCGUCCAUACCUUCGAGACCGGUAACCCCAAGUACAAGCACCUAGAGAACAAGACCUUUGUAGGAAAUGGUCGCUUUAUCGUUACCCAGAACCCCUUUUCCAUCACGGUCGAGUCGCGUAUCUCUGAGGUCAUUCCAAGUUGCGACAUGAACUAG